AAAAUCAUUCAUGUGAACAUGUUCUCACCUGUUGUUGACACCUUGUUGUAGCAACCAUCAAUGACGGUGCACUUCACUUAGUAAUCAAUAAACAAAUGAUAUUUUUACUGUGUUAAUUUGAAUUUUAAUUCAUUGUUCAUAUUUCCAGCGGUAAAUCACAAUUACAUUAUUUAUAAACGUUUUCUACUUUUAAUUAUGGAAUUUCCUGAUUUAGGCAAACAUUGUUCUGACUUGAGCUGUAAACAGCUUGACUUUUUGCCCGUUGUGUGUGAUGCCUGUAACAAGGUAUUUUGUUUAAAUCAUUAUAAAUACGAAGACCAUUCAUGUGCACAUUCUCACCAAAGAGAUAAUCAAGUUCCCGUUUGUCCUUUGUGCAAUAAACCCGUUCCAUUGCGUAAAGGUGAAUCGCCCGAUUUAAGAGUUAAUCAACAUAUCGAAGAUGAAUGUCAAGAUGGUCGAGCUUUGAAGAAAAGAAGUACAAUCUACAAAAAUCGUUGUACUUUUGAAAGGUGUAAGCAAAAAGAGUUGGUGCCUAUUACUUGUGAUAUUUGUAGAAAUAAUUUUUGCCUUAAACAUCGCCAUCCUUUGGACCAUAAAUGUGCCUCUAAGAAAGGAAAUACUGACACCAGAAAUGGGAAUAGAAAUGGAUGGAGUUUAUCCAAGGCUGGUGAAGCUGCACUUCGUCGAAUGACCUCCUCCAAUAGCAAUAGCAAUAGAAGCAGUAAUAAUAGCAGGAGAGAUAAUACUGUGAAUCAAGGAUCAUCAUCGAAAAUAAAAUCUGUGCAAGGAAAUUUGACUGAAGAUGAAGCCCUUGCCUGGGCCUUGCAACAAUCGUUAAAUGAGCAAACCUCUAAAGCAAGUGUUUCUACACCAGAUGACCAACUGUUCAGUUCAACAGGAGAUAGAAGUCAACGCGAUGUUAGGGGAAUAAAUAAAGAUAAAUGUUCACUUGCAUGAGACCCGAUUCAAAAUGGUUCUGAAGGAAUACAAUUUAAAUAUUAAUAGAAAAUCAUGUUAACCUAUUACAUCACAUACAUUUUACCCAAGUUCACGAAACUACGUAAAUAAAACUGCAUAAGAUACAAUUGUAUAUUUGUUGAUUGCUAAUUGAUAAAAUUGAUCAGCAAGAGAAAUCGAGAUCAUCAUCGAAAUAACGAGAAAUUUCUAGUAAUUUUUUUUCAAAUCAUUUUAUUUGUAUCUCAUGAUAAUGAAUAAUGUUAUAAAUAACAUGAUGAGGUAAAUUGAUGUUAAUCAUUACAAAAGUGGUUUGUAAAUUAUUGAGCAGAUAUUGACAGUUUAUCAUGAAUAUGAGUUGAUCAUGGA